UUGCGAGAGAUCGGCAGAAACAUGACUUUGAUUCUCUCUAUGAAUCCGUUAUUAUACAUUGAACCAGGAGCUUUCAAAGACAUUUAUCUCAGAGAAAUGGACAUCCGAUCUGCCUUUGUUUCAUCUGCUGCUCAGAAAGUUGGUCUUAAAGCUCUAUAUGGUCUUAACGUCAAAAGGCUAAUGUUUGGAAAGUACAGGUGUGAUUACAAGAUUAUGUCAUCGGAUGCAAACUAUUUAGAUGGUCUUUGCUUUAUUAAUUUUCAUGAGGUAUAUUAUUACAUGAAAGAAAGGCAUGAUGUGCCAGUUAAUAUCUUUCGCUGUAUGAUAAACGCCACAAUUGUAGCUGUGAAGGGUGGGAUAAUUCGUGAAAUAGCAAAUGUGCCAUUUCAUGAAAUCAAGGAGCUGUAUUUGAUUUCCAAUCAAUUAGAUACUGUGCCAGGUAAGCAACUUUCACAUCUCCAUACUUUAGAAAAACUAGUGUUUGCAGACAAUGUUGCAACCCAAAUUCCAGACUUCAUAGACAUGCCUAAGCUUCAGUAUGUGGAUCUGAGUUCAAACCAAAUUACAUCAACAUCAUGCUGCUCAUUUUUUUCUGGGACCCCUCAAUUGAGGUAUUUAAAUUUGAGUCUAAAUCCACAAAUCGCUCUUUCUGUAAGACCAUUUGAUGGACUUGAUUCCCUUGAGAUUCUAGAUUUCCAUCAUACAAGGGUUGUAGGUAUGGAAUACCUUUUGCUUUUCUCUAACUUAAAGUAUUUGAGGUAUUUGGAUGUUUCUUAUUCAAGUAUCAUCUUUGUUAACAUAUAUUGCUUUUAUGGGCUGAGUAAUCUUAAAAUUCUUAAAAUGGCCGGCAAUAAUUUUCAGGGUGAUGUAGCAAGAUAUUUA